UAGAUAGCUAACGAGCUAAACUUGAGGAGGAGAAGCGAAACUGCAAAACCUUCAUAUUUUCCGUGCAUACUAUUUCGUGACAGCUAGCUAACCAUUAAGACUGAUCCUCAACAACUAAACAAACUUAGGAGCAAUUACCGAAUGUUAAAUCUGGCUAUAAAUACCUCUCCCUCCAUUCUCCUUCUUUUACAUCUGUAAGUUUGAAACACAUAUAAUGGCUUGUCAUCAAUGUCCCAAUGCCAAUAUCUGGUGCUUUGUUUUGGGCCUUUUCAUCGCCAUUGCCAGCUUCGUUCCAAACCCGAGUUUCGCUAAGAAAACCAAAGUUGAUGGCUUGAAAUUGAACGUGAUCGAUGGUUGCUGGAGAUGGAACUCGGAUUGGAGAAGGAACCGCCAGGAACUUGCGUUAUGCUCGGUGGGAUUUUCUGGGAAGAUGAGCAACAACAUAGGAAGAGAUAUCGUAUACUAUCAAGUCACGGACCCAAGUGACAAUGCGUUAGACCCCGAACCCGGAACUUUGAGAUAUGGGGCUGCCAUCAUCAGAGGGAAAAAGUGGAUCACCUUCCAGAGGGACAUGCGCAUUAGGCUUGAGAAACCACUUCUUUGCAUGCUUGGUGGUCUCUAAGGUACGUAAUAUAAUAUAUAUGCGUCCAAGUGUUCAUACAUCCAUCAGGCAAGCAAUGUAAUCAUCCAUGGCCUUCGAAUCCACCACUGCCGUUCCCAAGCACCAAGCUUAGUUAUGGGUCCAGAUGGAAAGAAAAUGUCACUGGGCCAGGUUGAUGGAGAUGCAAUCAGGUUGGUUACUGCAUCAAAGGUUUGGAUAGACCACAAUACACUGUAUGAGUGCGAGGAUGGUCUUCUCGAUAUUACUCGUGGAUCUACCGACAUCACCGUCUCCAACAAUUGGUUCAGAGACCAAGACAAGGUCAUGCUUCUGGGCCACGAUGAUGGCUAUUUUCGGGAUAAUAACAUGAGGGUGACCGUAGUGUACAACCAUUUUGGACCUAACUGCAACCAAAGAAUGCCAAAGGUACUAUUAUGUAUGUAUGCAUGCAGGAUUCGUUACGGAUAUGCACAUGUCGUGAACAAUCUCUACGGAGAAUGGUCGCAGUAUGCCAUUGGGGGAAGCAUGAACCCUAGCGUUAAGAGUGAAGCCAACCUCUUCAUUGCACCAAAAUCGAGAAACAAUAAAGAGAUCACUUGGAGGAAGGACAGCAUUGGAAACAAAGAAUCCUGGAAGUUUUACUCGGUAGGAGAUAUCUUUGAAAAUGGGGCUUCUUUCGUCGAAACAGGUGCCGGCAGAGCAAAGCCAAACUAUAACGGAGAACAAACUUUCCCAGUUGUUAAUGCCAAAUCUGUCCGCUCAUUGACAAGGUCAUCUGGUGCUUUAAAAUGCAUCAAAAGAUCCAGAUGCUAAUUAGGCCUUACGCCCAUCAUGCGAUGUGGAGAUAUGAUAUAUAUAUAAUCAUGCCUGCACCUCAACAGAAAUAAUUAGGCUACACUCUCUGUUAUAUUACAAAAUUCUACUUUUUACUUUUUCGCAAACAUUGCAUUCAACAAAAUCUAGUCUUGAUAAAUAAUAAUUA